AUGUCCUACCAGUAUCCCCCCCAGGGCGGUCCUCCUCCCCAAGGAUACGAAGGCUACCCCCUCCCCAGCAGGCCUAUUACCCCCCUCAACAGGGCUACCCGCAACAGCAAUACGCGCCGCCCAGCGGCUAUCCUCAACAAAACAUGGGUUAUCCCCCACCUCAGCAGGGCCCGCCGCCCCAGCAAGAUCAAAAGUCCAGUGGUGGUGGCAAGGGAUGUCUCGGAUCGUGUCUCGCCGUUCUGUGCUGUUGCUUUCACCACGUUCAACGACAUCGACGACACCUUUCUUAUUGCUGGCGUUGGAAUUUCUUGA